AUGCACGUCGCGGCGGCUUCUUGCCGGCAGCAGGCCGUCGCCUGCCUGCGCAGCACUGCAGCAGCCCGGCCGCAGCGGGCGCAGCCCGGCGUGGCGCGGCAGCAGGUGCAGCAGCAGCAGCGGCGUCCUGCGGCGCGGCGCCGCCUGGCGGUGCACGCCUCCACCGCUGUCUACGGCUCUGAGUGGGCCACCCCCAAGGACGCCUACCUCACCGUGGGCCUGUGCCAUUGCUACGUCAAGGAGGACGGCAAGCUGGCCGACAAGUUCAUUAUCGAGCCCAUUACCGCCAACAGCCUCGAGUGCAUGGCAAAGGGCGCGCGCACCUCGUUCACGCACGUGUUCAGCCUGCGGCUGGAGGAGGCGCUGCAGCGCAGCAAGGCCGCCUACCCCGCCGAGUUUGCUGAGGGUACGUUUUGUGAGGAUUACGAGACGCGGUGCGACGCGUGCGCGCGCACCUGGAUGCGCCCCCAUGCCAUGGACAACCUGCUCGACAUUGUGCCCCUGGGCCAGCUGAAGAGCAACUUCAACUACUCCACAGCAGACAAGCGGGUGCUGAAUGCGGACAACAUCGUGAACGAUGACGACAACAUCAAGCAGGACCUGUCCAUCGACGUGUACGGGCGUACCGCCAAGGAGGAGGCGGCCGCCAAGCUGGCGGAGAGCGCAGAGGCGGCGGCGCCGGCGGCUGCCAGCGAGGAGGAGGAGGAGGCUGAUGACAUGGAUGCGCUGCUGUCGGUGUGA